AUGGAUGGUGAGCGUUCGAAGCUCGCCGCUCUCUCGCUUCCGCUGCUGCAGGGCCUUUGCCGCGCCCGCGGCAUUCCGCCUGGGCGUUCCUCAAAGGAAGACCUUGUGGAGCGUCUCGUGGCGAAGAGGAAAGCGAAGGAUGGCGACGCCAAUGCAGCCAGGAAGCGCCCGGCGCAGGUGAGUAUUCAUGGCCGGUGCUCCCCGGAAUCGACUGUGGUGCUGCUUCAGUCAGGUGACACCUUCGCCUUGGGAGCCGGCCAUGGAGCCCCGAGCGGUUUCCGGCCCCUUCGCUGCGGGCGCUGCGGCGAGCUCUUCGAUUUGGGAAAAGCGACUUUCACCCACGAUCCAAAGCGAUUCUGGUGUCCCAAAUGUCGUUUUCGGGCCAUGGACCCGUUCAACGAGGUUGUGGAUGGAGGGCUUCUGCACCUCUGCCUGGUCACGGCCGCCGAGCAUCGCUUUACCUUGUCGCUCCCGCUGCUGAAGGAGUGGCGUGCCGCUGGCGAAGCGGUCUGGGUUCGCAUGGUGGCCCUGGACUGCGUCGAGCUCCUCCAGGUGUGGCCGGAAGAGCUCUCGCUGGAGGCAGAUGGGCGGGAGCUUUUUCGCAUCGCGCCGCCAGAGAAGGGCCACCGGCGGCGUGAUGUGCCCCAGGAGCUGACGUACCAGCUCAUGGCUGGCCCUAACGUCCUGCAGCUCCGAGUGAACGCCUCUGCCGUCGGGUCGGGGCUGGCCCUAG